GCCCAGCCCGCCCCCCCACACACAGACACACACCGGGAGGUGGUGGAGCCGCCCCCCAAAAUAUCGGGGGGCGGGCGUUGACUGACAACGCCUGCUGCCUGCCGGCUUCUCUGCCUCUCUCCAAACUCCAGCCCCCGCCCCCCCCCGCACCCUCUCUCUCGUCCAGGAUCCCGACCUCCCCCCACACACCUUGGUCCUGCCCCCCCCCCGCCGGGGCCAGUGGAGGCGGGCCUGCGAUGACGCCUCCCCCGUGGAGCGCCCUGAUUUGACCGCCCCCCCUCCCCCUCCCCCCCGCCGCGUGCCGGGGGGCGCGCCGUGCCCGCCCCCCCCAAUGCUGAGCUCAGUGUGCGUCUCCUCCUUCCGCGGGCGCAAGCCGGGCAGCCAGGCGCCAGCCAAGUCAUGCGCCAGGGGGGACAUGGGCCGGCACGAGGACAGCGAGAAGAUCGUGAUUAACGUGGGGGGGGUGCGGCACGAAACCUACCGCAGCACCCUGCAGACCCUGCCCGGCACCCGCCUGGCCUGGCUCACCGAGCCCGACGCCUGCAGCAACUUCGACUACGACCCGGCCGCCGACGAGUUCUUCUUCGACCGCCACCCGCAGGUCUUCGCCUACGUCCUCAACUACUACCGCACGGGCAAGCUGCACUGCCCGGCCGACGUGUGCGGCCCGCUCUUCGAGGAGGAGCUGGCCUUCUGGGGCAUCGACGAGACCGACGUGGAGGCCUGCUGCUGGAUGAACUACCGCCAACACCGGGAUGCCGAGGAGGCGCUGGACAGCUUCGAGGCCCCCGAGGCCCAGGAGGAGGAGGACGCCGCCGGGGACCUCAAGCGGCUCUGCCUGCAGGAGGACGGGCGCCAGGCUGGCUGGUGGCGCCGCUGGCAGCCCAAGGUCUGGGCGCUCUUUGAGGACCCGUACUCCUCCAAGAUGGCCAGGUACGUGGCCUUCGCCUCCCUCUUCUUCAUCCUCCUCUCCAUCACCACCUUCUGCCUGGAGACACACGAGGCCUUCAACCGCGUCAUCAACAAGACGGAGACGGUGGCGGUGGCCAACGGGACGGCCACCCAGGUGGCGGUGGAGGUGGAGACGGAGCCGUUCCUCACCUACGUGGAGGGGGCCUGCGUGAUCUGGUUCACCUUCGAGUUCCUCAUGCGGGUCUGCUUCUGCCCGGACAAGCUGGAGUUCGUCAAGAGCAGCCUCAACAUCAUCGAUUUUGUGGCCAUCCUGCCCUUCUACCUGGAGGUGGGCUUGCGGGGCCUCUCCUCCAAGGCGGCCAAGGACGUGCUGGGCUUCCUCCGGGUGGUGCGUUUCGUGCGGAUCCUGCGGAUCUUCAAGCUGACCCGGCACUUCGUGGGGCUGCGGGUGCUGGGCCACACGCUCCGGGCCAGCACCAAUGAGUUCCUGCUGCUCAUCAUCUUCCUGGCCUUGGGCGUCUUGAUCUUCGCCACCAUGAUCUACUACGCCGAGCGCAUCGGGGCCGACCCGGACGACAUCACGGGCAGCAAGCACACCGACUUCAAGAACAUCCCCAUCGGGUUCUGGUGGGCCGUGGUGACCAUGACCACCCUGGGCUACGGAGACAUGUACCCCAUGACCUGGUCGGGCAUGCUGGUGGGGGCGCUGUGCGCCCUGGCCGGGGUGCUGACCAUCGCCAUGCCCGUGCCCGUCAUCGUCAACAACUUCGGCAUGUAUUACUCCCUGGCCAUGGCCAAGCAGAAGCUGCCCAAGAAGAAGAACAAGCACAUCCCCCGGGCGCCCCAGCCCGGCUCGCCCAACUACUGCAAGCCCGAGGGAGCCCCCGGCCCCCGGCCAGGCCCCCCCACCGCCGACGCCUGCCCCCUGGCCCAGGAGGAGAUCAUCGAGAUCAACCGGGCAGACUCCAAGCAGAACGGGGACGCGGCAAAGGCGGCGCUCGCCCACGAGGACUGUCCCACCAUCGACCAGGCCCUGUCCCCCGAGGAGAAGUCGCCCGCCACCCCCGCUUACAGCCACGACCGCGCCUGCUUCCUGCUGACGGCCGGCGAGUUCGGGCCGGCGCCCGACGGCAACCUCCGCAAAGCACUAGAAGGCAGGGCGUGCUGGGAACGGGGUUCGCCCAGUGCCCCUGUAACGCCCCGGCUGCGUCAGCCAGGUUAUGAGAAGUCCCGGAGUCUGAACAGCAUCGCGGGACUGCGCCUCUCGCCCGCCCCCAGCCCCCUGGGCUCGCCCGGCGCCCCCCGGCGCCCCCGCCCCCCGCUCCCCUCCAUCCUAUAGCCCGGGGGCCGCGGACUCCGCCCCCCCCGACUUUUUAAGCAAAAAAGAAGAACAAGCAAAAGAACAAGGCAGAAGAGAGGAGGCGUCGCCGGGGGCAACCGGGGGCUUCGUCGCCAGGGGCAACCGGGGGGCUUCGUCGCCAGGGGCAACGUGGGUCCCGUCCCCCCUUCGGCUUCUACAGGACACGCUACACGGCACUUUCUGGAACAUCCAUGAGUUACGCCCCUGACCCCUCCUGGAGCAGGACGCCUGGGUCCCUCCGGGGAGGGGCCUGGCCUGGGGCUGGGGGGGUAGAGUUUAUAUUUUUUGGCAGGAGGGAGGUUUGCUCUGAGAAUCCAAAUACUGUGCGGGGGGGUCAGCAAGGGACAGAGACGGGGGGUCCCGGAGCCCCCUGCCCCACGCUGCACCUCUGGGUCCUUCAGUCCAUUCCCUCCAGCUGUAUCUGUCUGUCUGUGCUCAUCAACACCCCUCCGUCUGUCUGUCUGUCCCCGGACACCCCCCUCUGGCUGUCUGUCUGUCCUCAUCAACACUCCUCUGUCUGUCUGUCUGUCCCCAUACACCCCUCUCCAUCUGUCUGUCUGUCCCUGUAUGCUCCCCUCUGACUGUCUGCCCCUAUACACACCCCUCCGACUGUCUGUCUGUCCCCAGACACCCCCCUCCGGCUGUCUGUCCCCAUACACCCCGCUCCAUCUGUCUGUCUGUCCCUGUACGCUCCCUCUGACUGCCUGCCCCUAUACACACCCCUCCGACUGUCUGUCUGUCCUCAUCAACACCCCUCCAUCUGUCUGUCUGUCCCCGGACACCCCCCCUCCGGCUGUCUGUCCCCGUACACACCGCUCCAACUGUUUGUCUCCAUACACCCCCCUCCAGCUGUCUGUCCUCAUCAACACCUCUCCAGCUGUCUGUCCUCAUCAACACCCCUCCAGCUGUCUGUCUGUCCUCAUCAACACCUCUCCGACUGUCUGUCUGUCUGUCCCCAUACACACUCCUCUGACUGUCUGUCUUCAUCAGCACCCCUCUGACUGUCUGUCCUCAUUAACCGCCCUCUGGCUAUCUGUCCCCAUACACCCCCCUCCGACUCUCUGUCCCCGUACACUCCUCUGCGGCUGUCUGUCUGUCCUCAUCAACCCCCCCUCCAGCUGUCUCCAUACACAUCCCUACGUCUCUCUGUCCCCAUACACACCCCUCCAGCUGUCUGUCUGUCCCCAUACACACCCCAUCCCCCUGUCUGCCCCCAUAUGCACCAUUCCGUCCGUCCACCCCUGUGUGCGCCUGUCUGUCUGUCUGUUCCCCCCCCCCAUCUGGUUUCUGGACUCACAGACUCUGCUCCUUUGAGGGACCCCCCCCCCACUGCCGGACCCCCCGCCCGCUUGGUUCUCUCCUGCAUGGAUCUUCCAUGGAUCACACAAGCAAUAAGCUACAUGCUGGCCUCUCCGGCUGCAUGCCGCCGGGCCCGGGACGCAGGCACUUUGCGGACCGUCGGGUCGGACGGACGGACGGACGGACGGAGGAGCGCCGGUGAGGGGGGGGCAGCCGGCUCCCACCUUCCUCCUCCUCUUCCUCCCCUGCCUGGCUUCCGGCUGCCCCGGGGUCAUGCCCCCCGUCCUGGCGCGGCCCGUCACUGUGAUCCCCACCCCGGCUGCGCCCCGGGGCCGGUACCAGUGGAACCGAGGGCCCCAGCGGCCGGAGGUGGGACCGGCGUGUGUGUGUGGUGGGGGGGGUCCCCCCCUGCGGGAGCAGGAUCGGGACCGGACCCCCCACCCCCGCCCGGAGCUGAUCUCCAAGUUGCAUUGUGCCAGCCAGCAUGUGUCUGCAUGUGAAUCCGCUCGUGUUAUAUGCAAAACUCCCCUCCCCACGCCCCCCCGGCCCGAGGGGGGGGAGGGCACUGGACCUCCCCCAGCCCUGGGUCUCCUCCCCUUUAGCGCCCGGUUUGCCCUCCUCCCCUGCGGGAAGGGGGGAUAGCGAGAGGGGACACGGUGGUGGUGGGGGGGACUGUGGGGGGCCAUUGGAGGUGGGGGCACAGCUCUGCCCCCCCCCACGUGGCCCUGCUCUUCCUCACUCAGUUCCCCCCCCACCGGAGACCCCCACAACCUCCACCUACGCAAACUAGGCCUCAAAGUGGUUGGAGCCCCCCACCCCCACCCGCAGCAGCUGCAUGGCCUAGGGCUGGGGAGAGUCUGCCCCCCCCGAUAUGUCACCCCCCACCCCUUUGCAGGGUGGACAACCCCCCACCAGGAAAUUCAUCUGUCACACUAUGCAACAUCACCCCGUCUGAGCCGGGGGGCGGGGUCUCCUGGGGGGGAGCCCCCUCAAUUCCAGCCCCUUCCCGCCAUUGCUCUGAGAGACCCCCCCCGACCCCCCCACCGGUCUCUUGCCCCCCCCCAGCAGAUACCAGAAGCUUCUUAUGCAACAAUUCCUAUGCAAAAUGAAAGCGAUUCUCUCGCGAGUUAGCGGGGGCAGGGGGGGUCUGGCUUUGCUCCCACCCCAGAGAAGCGGAUGGGGGGGGGAAGGCUGGGGGGAGGGGAUUCCCCUGUAGUGCUGCCCCCACCCCACCCCUGUCCCUGCCCACUGCUGAGGGCAGCUAAUGGGUCAUAUUGACCGAAGGCCCCCCCCAGCCUGGCUGGCUUCCCCCCCCCCCGGCUCCGAGCCCCCCCACCAGGGUGGGGAAUGUGGGUGCCUCGCCCAGCCCCUCAUGUGGGGGGAGAUGCUACUUAAAGGGGGGGCAAGGCCUGUCUACCGCCUCCCCCAGGUGCAUGGUAUGGGGGGGUUCCAAUUAAUUUAAAAUAAGCCUCCGCAUAAACACUUGCCCCCCCCCGUGUCUGACCCUCCUCAUCCAUUGCUGGGGUGGGGGGCUAAUCUUUUUCUGUGGUUCCCCCCCACACACACACAUAUCGCACUUUAAACACCCCCCCUUGGGAAUGUCAGCUCCUCGCUUCAUAUAUUGGGGGGGGGGGUUAUAGGUCACCCCCCUGGCCUUGUGGAGCUGCCCCCCCCAUUGCACUGAGCUGGGGGGGAAAUAAAAUCAAGGCCGGGGGGGCGGUGCUGGCUCCUUGAUUAAAUUAUCUCCCGGGGGGGGUCCCUGAUUUAAGAACCGGGGGGGGGGGGAGCUGAGCCCUGCAGCUGUGGGGAGCCCCACAGAGGACAGGGUUGACAAUGUCUUCCAGCAACUACAGGGAGUUUUAGACUCAGGAAGGGGGGGCCUGGGGGUGGUCCAGCCCCCCGGGGAGGGGCAGGAGGCAGGGAAAAGUGCAAAGUGGGGGGAUGGGCAGGUGGGGGGGCCGGGGGGGGCACAGGUCUAUUUUUUCAAGCAGAUGUUUAAUAAAAUGCAGAAUCGCGACAUUAUUUUUUCAUAGAAACAAGCCCCCCCGGCCCCCCCCAGCUGUGAGCACCGCAGGGCAUGAGCCAUGUGGCUGGGGGAGAGACACACUCCUGCCCCCCCCGGACGCCUGGGUCCCAUCGCCCCAUAUUUCCUGCUCCCCCCCACCCCUUCCCAUCCCGGGGCAGGUCCUGGCCCCAACCCCACAAGUGUGCCAAAUUUGUGAGUUGUGAUGGGGGGGGGGGGAAAUAGCUGGAUGACGUGUAAUUCCGGACCCCUCGCCUGUGCCCCCCCAUGUGCCAUGUCUCUCCCCCCCUUGCUCCAGCCCUCCUCCAUCUCUCAUCCCUCCCCACCCGUCUCGGCGGCCCCAGGCAUGUGUUGGUACCAGCCCCCCCCCCCGCAAUUCACAUCCCCGGGGGGGGUCUCCCUAGUGCUGCCCCCCCCACACAAAGCAAUAAUACUGCCCCAGCAGCGUCCUGAGCGGGGUGGGGGGCAGGUCUGGGGGGGGCAGGACCUGGCUGAGCUCCGAGCCCCAGUGGGUUCCCCCCAUCCCAUGAGCCAGCAGGACCCAGGGUGACCCCCCCUCCCAACUCAGCCAAGGCCUUGAGCCGAGGGACCGCCCCCCCAUAUCCUGCCUCCCCCCGCAUCCAUCUGUCCUUCAACCCCCUGCCCCCCCAGCCUGCCUGCCCCCCCCUCCUUCGUCCAGCCACCCCAUCUUCCAGGCCCCCCAUAACCUUCCUUCCACCCCCCCUUCCUGCCACAUAUCGAC